AUGUCACUCUUUCUGCGCAUGAUCCGUGACAAGUUCACCACGAUACCACCACAGGAAGAAGAUUGCACAGGCAAAACAUUCGUCGUUACAGGGGCAAACAGCGGUAUCGGCCUUGAGACAGUCCGUCAUCUUACAGAACUUAAUGCCGCCACUGUGAUCUUGGCAUGUCGAAGUAUCGACAAAGGCGAGCAAGCUAGAAAGGACGUUGAAGAAUCGACUGGGAAGCAAAAUGUCGUUCAAGUUUGGCAGCUGGACCUCGCUUCGUAUGAUAGCGUCCGGGAAUUUGCUUCUCGCGUUAACAAAUUGGAGCGUGUCGAUGCCUUUAUUAAUAACGCAAGUCUUCUCAGCUUUAAGCGUGAGAUGAUUGAAGGUCAUGAGUCGAUGUUGACUGUCAAUUUCAUAUCUACAGCUCUUCUUUCGCUUCUUGUAUUGCCGGCCCUGCGGCUGGCAGCGAUACGAUUCAAUGUCACUCCUCGCAUGGUCAUUGUGUCUUCUGACGCAGCUUUUGACUGCCGUCUCACUACAGAGGUGCCAAACAUAUUUGAGGCUAUCGAUGCUGAAACCAGUGUUCUCGAUCACUACAGCAAAACAAAACUCUUACAAACCAUGUUCAUAUCCCGACUCUCUCAAGGGAUUGAUGCUUCUGGAAAGGGACAUAUUAUCGCCAACGCAGUACAUCCUGGCUUAUGUGGCACGCAGCUAUUCAAACACAUAGAUUUCCCGUUCUCUCUAUUCCUCUCUGCUCUUGUAGCGGUGCUUGGACGGACGCCAGAGAUGGGAUCUCGGGCGUUGCUGGCGGGAGCUUUUGCGGGAGAGGAUCUACAUGGAAAAAUCAUGUUCAAUGGCGAGGAACACCAGUUUCCCAAGUGUAUGCAAGGAGAAAUGGGCGAUAAGUUGACUGGAAGAGUGUGGGAUGAGCUGAUGGAGUUGCUGGAGGGGAUUGAGCCUGGGGUAAGGAACAAUGUAUAG